UAACAGUGCAGCUAAGUCAGCCUGUGGACUGAGAAGGCAGGGAGUCAGCUAGAGUUGCUAUUUCAUAUAAAACUGUAACCUCCAGAUUCAGCAUGGUUAAUCUCGGCCUUACCAAAGUGGACGACGCGUUGGCGGCCAAACACCCGGGUUUGGAGAGCUACGCAGCCUGUCAGUCUCAUGCUUUCAUGAAGGGGACUGGGACCUUUGUGCUGGGUUUUGCAGGUUUCUUUGCAAUUCAGAAGGCGCUACAGAGGAGGCUUCCUUAUCCCCUUCAAUGGAACCUGCUCAUUUCGAUAGUGGCGUCAUCAGUGGGCAGUUAUGCAGUGACUCGCUGGGAAACGCAGAAAUGUUCAGACCUGUGGUUGCUGCUAGAAACGGGCAACGUCCCAGACAGGUCACCACCUGCAGUACCCCAACCAGAGGAACCAAAAGAACCUCAAAAGACAAAAUAUGGCGAUGUGAUGGAAUGAAAAACAGUUUCAGACAAACUUUAUAAUCUACAAUAUAAUGACUGUUUAGCUGUAAAUAUGUACAGAGAAAGCUUUGUGAUGCUUUGCACCUUUGUGUGGCCCUCAUGAGCUUUUGAAUUUCAUAAGAGCAUCAAUGUGUGGAUUAAAAAAAAAAAAAAAGUGGUUUUCCUGACUCAGAUGUCAGGAAUUAGUUGAGGAUUUUUUUUUGUAGGAAUCAGAUUUUAAGCUUGUGAACCAGUAUUAUUAUUAUUUGGAUGUGCAGGGUUGUCGUGCCACAGAAUUAACAGUGCAUCUCCAAAACCAGCCACUGGUUGGCAUUUUCUUCAAUAAUGUGUUAAAAACAAAACUGAUUCGUUUUUCAAAUAUGUAAAUUAUACAGUUACUACUUAAAAUAUAUAGCACCAAAACAAAAACAGCAUUUUCCUGCUGUAUUUCAUAAAUUGGGUUUUAUAUAUGUCAAAACAUGUGGGGAGUGAAUGCAAUAUAUUUUAUCAGUGUAGUACAAUGAAAUAACACAGUCUACCAUCCUCCUCUCACCCAAAGACGCCCACAUGAUUGCCUUUUUUGAAAAUAGGGCAAGAGAUGAGUAAUGUACAGCUAUUAGAGUGGAGCAGGUCUCAAAGCCAAAUACACAGGAUCAGUAUCAAAUACACUGAUCAUUUUGUUAGGUACACCUAUUCAACUGCUUGGUAACACCAAUAUCUCAUUAGCCAAUUACAUGGCUGCCACUUAAUGCAUUUAGGCAU